AAUUUAACACAAAACGAACCCAACUGUCGUGUCAUAUUCUGAUGAUCGGUGGAAAUCUGAAGCUAAAACGGCCUUUUUGUAUUGAUUUCUGCUUGAUUUACAGCGGACUAGCCGCCUUUGAGUACUUUCUACUAUGAGUUGGGCUCAAGACGAGUGGAAAGAUGGUUUAAGCGCUAAUGCUCUCAAGAACAUCGCCAGUCUAGAGCAGCAAAAUGAGCGACUCGCCAAAGACAACAAGCAAAAGCAGUUUCAAAUCGAGAGUUGCACUGCAGCAUUAGAGAAGCAAAAACGGCAAACAAAGGAGGAAGAAAACAAGUAUUCUUUACUCAAACGUGAUAAUCAGUUACUAAGUGAAUCCUGCGAAGACUUAGAGAGAACUCGACAGAAGUUGUUGCACGAUAUUCAAUCGAAAGAUGGCAAGAUCAGUUGUGUUGAGGGCAAGUUGAACAGACUCAAACAGAACCUUGAAGUGGAAUCCAAAAGAAAUGUUGAACUUAAGAAUGAAUUGGAAAGAUUAAAGUGUGACUUUAACCAUGAAUUGAUCAAGUCCGAAAAGCAAGCUUCAGAAUUAUCAAAAGCUUUGGAAAAUAACAACCAUCAAAAACGCCAAAUCGAAGGACAAAUUGAGAGAAUUAAGAAUUUGGAAGGUGUGGUACAGCAAAAUGGUCGAUCGUCUUCCUCAUCAUCCAGUUGUCAUGAUGAAUCAGAGAACACAGCUUCAACAACAGAAUUUGCAGACCUUAAGGCAAAGUAUCACACUGAAAGAGAGCUCCGUUUACGUGUGCAACAACAGAAUUCUGAACUACAAGAAAAACUCAGACUAGGUGUUCAGAUUCCAGAACAACUUCACCAAAAUGACGUUGCUGUUGAACAAAACAUGAUAGAUUUGUCACCUCCAGAGGAAAAAGAGGUCUUCUUACUGAAGAAACAGCUUACUGAUGUAAAAAAUCAACUUGCUAAAUCUGAAUCUCAGCUUCAGGCUGCUGAGAAAGACUUGGCAUUCAAGACCCAAGAGCUGAAGGAGAAAGUCCAAGACAGUGAAGAGCUGAUAAAAGCUUCAAACGAGAACAUCAAAAAGGCUGCUAAUUUAUCUGAGGAGCUUAUGAAGACCAAAAGUCUGCUUGAUCAGGUCAAAGCACAGCUUGAAUCUUCAGAGGCUAAGUGCAAGCAGCUUGGUAAAGAGAUGGAUUGUCAGAAACACAACUUUGACUCAGUCAUCAAGGCUCAUGAGGAACGUCUCAAAGAAAAAGAAAUGCAACACAGAGAGGAGAUGUCAUCCCAGGCACAAGCGCUCUCCUCCCUUGAAAAGAUGCACCAGGACCUGACCAAAAAGAUGCACCAGGAGCAACAGGCCGCCCAGACCCUACAGCAAGAGCUACAGGGAAAACUGGACUCAGCUCUGCGCGACUUCGAGAAACAAAAACAGCUGCUCGCCGAUGCAAAACGUACGGAGUCUAGCUUGGAGAGCGCUAUUAAAGGUAAAGAACAUACAAUUACCGAACUUGGGCAAGAAAUCAAGAGCAUGAAGCAAGAAAAGAACCGAAUGCUAGUGGACCUGGAUCGUGAGAUGAUGGAGAAGAAAAAGCUUGAAGACAAGCUUAUGGUUGCCACCAACGAGAUUCAAAGAAAAGAAGCAGCUGUAAAGUCUGUCGAAGAAAAAGCGAAGUCACAGAUCCUAGAAACAGAGAAAAGCAGGAAGCAAGUUCUCUGUGAUCUACAAAACCUCCGCACUGUCCACGACAAGUUAGAAGCUGAGAACAGAGAGUUUAAAAAGCUUCUCGAAGGAAGCUCCGACAUGAAGGAAAGAAAAGAACACGAGAACACUGAACUAAAAAGUAAGCUUGAAACUUCAGAGAAACAAAUGGCUAAGCUUCAGGAAGAGAUUCAGCAGCAUAGACAAGCACUCACCGAAGAGAAAGAAAAGUGUGCUAAGUUUGAAAGCCAGCUAAGAGAUACCGCUGUCGCAACCAAAGUAAAGGCAGAAGAAGAAAAUGCUUUGUCUAGAAAGCUGACAGAACAAGAGCACAGAUAUAAUGAGUUGGAGCGUGAGCUUGCAGCAUCGCAUUCAAGGUUAGAAGAAGAAGUUCGCAAGACUUCAGAGAUGAACGCAAAGUUACAGCAGCAGCAACGGACUGCCGAGCAUUUGAUCGAAGAGAAGAAAAAUACGUUGACUGAAAUGGAGAGAAAGAUCAAGGAAAGUUCCCAAAUCCUAAAGGAAAAGGAGGAGGAGUUCUCGAAGAAAGAAGAGGCAUUGAUAAUGCAAACAAACGCACUAAAAUCCGACGCAAAAGCAGUCGAGGAGAGAUGUGGUCUUCUUAAGGCGGAAGCUGCCAAACAUAAGCAACAGUUCGAAAAGUUGCUACAACAGAAGAGUGACGAAUGCUUUAAGAUGUCUGAGGAAACAGAAAAGAAAAUCCAAGAGAUAUCCCGACUAAAGGAGGCUCAGGUUAAUGUACAAAAUCAUUUGGUUUCAGUAGAACAAGAGAAGGUUAAAAUUGAAGUAGCGUUUAAAGAACAUUGCGAAAAGGUUAAGCUCAAGGAAGCGAAGCUGGUGUCUAAAUGCGAGAGUCUUGAAAAUGAACAGAAGGUGUUCACCGAGAAGGAAAAUAAUCUGAACACUACGAUAGAAUCACUGAAACGCGACGCCAAAGCUCUACAGCACGACUACAAAAAGUCUUUAGAGCUAGCAGACUCAAAGUCAUUGGAGCUGAGAGACUUGGUAGAUCAACUUGGCGCAUCGGAAAAGCUAGUCGAGACUUGGAAGCAUCGAAGUGAACACGCUGAGGCCGCAUUGAAAGACGACAAGAACAGCGUAAAGCAGCUAAACGAAAAAAACGAGACGCUACAAAACGAUUUGGCUUCAAGGAUGGAGGAGCUUGGCGAAGUGAAACGGAAAUUAUCGGAGACGACUGAUGCCCUACAACACGAGACUUCUGCUGCAGAGCAAAAGCUUGCCAGCUUGGCUGCAAAAUUAGAAGAAGCUUUUGUCGCUAACAGCGCAAAGACUAAGGAAAUUGAAGAGCUCACGAGUAGAGUGAACCAACUGAUUGAAACUAAAGAGACAUCCGAAGCACAUGUUCAACAGUUGAAAGAGAAUUUAGAGAAUGGACAGGAGGUAUUAAAGAGGAAGGAUACGACCAUUCAGGAAAUUUCAUCUGCCCUUAAAGAGGCAGAAAAUAAGUUAUCAGGAGUGGAAAAGCAGAUGGCUGAAAAGUCAUCCAGUAUUAACGCUUUGGAACUUAAGGUUGAAGACUUAGAGGCAUCCAUUCAGGAGCAGUUGGUUUGUAUCAAGGCAAAGAAAGAAAAAAUCGAGUCUUAUGUCAGUACCAUCGAAAGGCUUGAAAACGAAAGUUCAUCCAAGUGUUCAUCUCUUCAAGAGACCAUCUGGGGUCUUGAAAAAGAGCUGUCACAGUUUAAAGAAAAAACAAAUCAAAUCGAAGAAUUACUCAAGGAAAAGGAUACAGUCAUUGACACUGCUAACGCCAAGGUGUCUAAUUUGGAGGAGACUUGUGGUAAAUUACAGAAAGGCCUUCUAAGUAAAGAAAGUGAGCUAGCUGAGGUAUCAGCCAUCCGAUCUGCCAGCGAGCACAAUCUUGAAGAACUUCGUGAUGCCAUGACAAGAAAGCAAGCAGAGUUAGAUUCGACUUACCAGGAACUCAAAAAACUCCAGGAAGAACUGGAUUCGAGUAGGAAGGAGCAUUUAGCAGCUGUACAAGAUUUGAUAGAGAAAGAGGCCCUCAUGCACAGUAGAAUAGAACAACUUGAAGGUAGCUCGCUUCACACCAAUACCCUACUGAAUAAUACACUAGCCCAAGCUGAUGAGAAGAAAGGAGAGCUGCAAGAAUUGCAAUCGAAAUACGAAGAGCUUGAAAGAAAUCACAGUACUUUGCAGGAGGAGAAGGAAAGUCUUCUGAAGCAACUGGAAAAUUUUGCCUCUGCACUCCAACGAAAGGAAGAAGAAGCAGCGGAGAAGAACACUGCUUUAGAAACUGUCCAAGCCACCAUGGCUCAAGAGACUGUGCAUCUCGCACAUCAACAGGAAAAGCUUGAGCUCAAGAUUACCGAGGUAAAUACGAAAAACGACCAGUUAACAGCAGCCCUGAAGGGUAAAGAAGACGAGCUAGAGAAGGCCUCGCAAGUCAUCGAACAGUAUAAGAACGAAAGCAACUCUCUGGGCGAAAUGAUGACAGCUAAUGCAGAAAUCCUCUUACAGCUAGAGGACGAGAAAAAUGAACUAGUCCAGUCACGAGAUAAUUUGCAAACCACCCUGUAUCAGACAAAACAACAGCUUGAAAGUCUUCAAAAAGCACAUGCCGCCUUGGAAAAAAAGGAGCAGCACCUUGCUGAGACAAAGUCCACAGAGAUAGAAGAACUACGCCGUCGGGUGAAUGCGGCGGAGGAAAAGAGGGUGCAAGCCAAUGAAAUGAUGGAGACGCAGACGGACAGUUUAGCCAGACUUGCAGAAGAACUGCAACAAGCGAUGGCAAGCCAACAAUCACUCGCAGAGAGAACAGAAACUGAAAAGUCAGCUCUUCAAGAUCAACUUUCAUCUGCUGUCCUGCGUCUACAGUCAUGCGAGGAGUCGAUAGCUGUAAAAGAGUCAAAGGUCUUGGCCCUUGAGCAGGAGAUUGCUGUAAAAGAUGAUAAGCUGGCUCAAUUAAGUGAGUACAGUGAAAAUAUAUCAUUGAAGCUCGAAAAAGCGGAGAAUUCUUUGAUGGUCUUGUCUGAGGAAAAAGAGAGGCUAGCGCCGUUGGUCGAGUCUCUUAAAGCCGAGUUACAAAAUGCUUGUCUUGAUGCUCAGGCGAAGGACAACGAUAAGGAAAGCAUGGUGGAGAAGAUCAACACAUUACAAAACGAGUUAACAGCUUCUAUGGAGGAAAUCAAGUCCAGAGAAGACAAGAAGUCACUAUUAGAAAGUUUAGUGAAAACAUUAGAACACGAAAACAGCGUGCUACUGAGUAAGAAAGAAGAGCUGAUGGCUCAGAUAGGAAAAGAGACGGCAGCCCUCGGAGAACAACUGAUUGAAAAAGAGGAGUCGCUCAAGGCGUCAUUAGCUGAAGUUGACAGUCUUAAAGACCAGAUCAGUCACAAGGAGCAAGAUUUAUCACAUGCAAAGUCGAAGGCAGCAGAUAUGGAGAAGGAUAUUGAAACCAUGACUGCACAGAAAGAAAUACUUCAGAUGGACUUUGAAGACAAGGAUGUCAUGAUCGAGUCUCUGCAGCUACAAGUUGAUCAACAGGAGACUGUCAUCACGCAACUAAAACAGAAGGCAGCCGAAAGGAAUGAGGCUGACACUACUGUCAGCCAAGACCUCGACGCGUUGAGGUCACAGCUCGAGCUCAGUCAGAUGGACCUGGAGAGCCGUCAGGAAUUGGUCGAUGAUUUAACUGCCAAGCUUGAUGCGAGGAAUGAAGAAGUCAACAAGUUGAGAGAAAUUAAUAAUAGCGCUAAACAGGAGCUAAAUGUAGCGGAAAGUAAUCUUCAGGAAUUGUCAUCACAGCUAGGACAAAAGGGCCGAGAGCUUGAUGCGGCCAAAGAGGAGCUUAGAGCCGAAGGAGAUAAGGCGAGUCAGCUCGUGGAAUGUUUUCAGGUAAAUCUCCGUGACCUAGAAGCUACUAACGCUAGUCUUCAAGAAACUGUGAAUGAAAGUACCAACAAGUUGAUGAAAAUGGAAGAGCAAAAUACAAGGCUUCAAGAGCAGAUCAAAGCUGUUGAGGUAGAAAGAGUUAACCUCGUCAGCAGUAAACAAGAGCAUGGAAUUGUGCGAGAAACGCUAGAGAACGAGCUAUCCGAAGUACGGGCUGUCCUGAGUAAAUUUCAAGAGAAGUACCAAACAACAAAGCAGGAUUUAGAUCAAGCUUUAGAGGCUAAAACUCUUUCUGAAAAUGAGCUGGUCGCCGUAGACUCGAACCUUCAAUCUAUUAAAGCCAGUAUGAAGGAGAAUGAACAGGAGCUAAUGACACUUCAAGGUCAUCUCGAAGAUAAGCACAAGGCGGCGACUAAACUCGCAUCACUUCUGGAGCAGGAAAAAGAGAAGACGUUGUCUUUGCAAGAAGCUCUCGAUAAUGGCUUUAGUGAGAAAGAGAACGUCAUCCAGCGUUUGUCCGCCGAAAUUCUCGAAGUUAAGAGUAACUACGAGAAAGCAAUCGAGGACUUGAAUUCAAAAACUGUUUCUAAAGAUGCGGAUUUUGAAGCAGAACGGCAGGAACUUAUUGAAAGAUGUAAGAAUCUGAAUGGUCGGCUAGAAGAGAUAGAGGAGAACCUAGCUGUGAAAUGCCAAGCCUUUGUUGAAAUUGAACACAAGGCUAUCUCCCAGUCCGGGGAGGUUGACAAGCUUCUGUCUGAUCUAGAAAGUGUAAAGCGCGAAAAAGAGCUAUUGGUAUCGGCACACGAGGAAAGGGAAAAGAAACUCUGUGAUGAUAUUUCUGAACUGAAGGGAGAGCUUAUUCGUAGGGACGAGGCUAUCAGAGAAAGUAACGAGAGUCUUGGCAACCACCUACAGACUAUUGAGUCACUAAAACAAAAGAGUGAGCUUAGCUCGUCUUCGCUGAGGUUUCAAGAUGAUGAACGUAAACACGAAAUCGAAACGCUCAAAACGCGCUUGCAAAAAGCAGAGGCUGACUUGGCUAAAGAGCGCAGUCGUUUUUAUGAGCUCGAGUUGAAACUAGAGGAAAGGCUGACUAGUCAUCGGGCGUCUGAGUUAACAUAUGAAGAGAAAAUAAAUGAAUUAGAAAAUGCAAAGAAGGAUAUAGAGCGAGGCAUUGAAGAAGAAAAGAAUAUUCUCAUGAGUGAGGCGCGAAGGAAGGAGCAUGCCCUUCACAGUUCCUUGGAGUAUGAGCAACAAAGGUGCCGUGAAAUGGGUGAACAGGUUGACAGGCUUCGUGAAGAUCUUAACAAGCUGCAGUCGGCGCACGAGUCGCUUACAAAUAACGCCAGUCAGGGACAGUUAGAGCUGCAGGCGCAGCUGACGGAAGCAGGACAGAAACAUAAGCUUGCUUGUGCGAGGAUUGAAGAGUUACUUGAGGAGAAGCGUCUGAACUAUGACGCUAUGCAAUUGUCAGAGCGAGAGGCUACUCAAGUAAGGAGGGAGUUCGAGAGUAAGAUAAAUCUCACCGAGAAACUGCUCAAAGAGACUACGGAGAAACUUGACGUCGCUGAAACACGUCUUGAAAAAGUGUUGAGCGAGAACUCCGACAGUCAAUCGAAAAUUCAGCGACUUCAGGAGACCGUCUCACACGUCGAGCAGCGCCUGACAGACUCUAAUACGUCCGACCAGAAUCUGAUAUCUGAGUUGAACUCAAAGGUAGAAUCUCUUGAAGCAGACGUUGCCGCAAAGAAUUUAGAGAAGACUGAAUUAGAAAAAAGUCUGGAGAGUACAAAAGAACGCAUGGUGCAGCUAACCGAGCGAAUGGAGUCACUGGUGGAAGAAAAAACGAACUUUGCAGUUGUUGCUACCCACACUAGGAGUAUGAAAGACACGAUAGAAGUGCUGCAGCUUCAAGUCAGAGAGCUGGAAAGAUGUAAAAUUGAGGCUUCAGACGAGAUAGAGAAUAUUCGCAAGGAGAUGGCUAACGCAGUCUCCCAACGGGACUUAAAGAAUGAGAGCCUGCGCAAUCGCGCCGAACAAGCGGAGAAAGAGCUAGAGGAAGUUUUUGGAAGAGAACAAGAGCUUUUGCAGAGUCAUGGACAAAAGGAGGACGAAGUCGUCUAUUUGACACAGAAGAUGGAAGAAGCCGGCCAAUCUGCUGUGCAGCUGAAAGAGAAGUGCGAGACCCUUGGAGAUACCAUCAAACAAAAGUGUGACGAGGUUUCUGCUCUUGAGGAAGAGGUCCGUUCUCUGAGGGACGCUGUGCAAACAAAAACGCUUGAGAUGGAGGAGAUGAAGGCCUUCUUCGACUCCAACAACGCGGAUCUGGACGAAUUGUGUGAGCAGCGUGCAAACGAAAUCCAAGUAUUGAAACAAGAUAUCUCAGAUCGGGAUGACCGCAUUGAAGAACUUCUAAAGGUAAAAAAAGAGGGAGAACAAAUAGCGGACCAGUUUAAAGAGAAGCAUGGGAAACUCGAAAUCACAUCCAAGCAGUAUUGUGAUGAGCGCGAAAGACUUACUCUAGAGGUUCGUACACUAAAAGAAGCCCUGGAUAAUAAAACGCGUGAUAUGGAAGAAAUGAAAAGUUUCUUCGAGUCUGCAAAUGAAGAUCUGGACGUUCUAUGCGAGCAGCGAUCGGGCGAAAUCGAUGCACUUAGGCAGGAGCUGGUGGAUAAAACCAAUGAGGUUGAGCAUCUUCGGAAUGACUUCGAAAACCAGACCUUAGAGCUUAAAGAUGUACAGCAAAGAAGUUCGGAAUUAAGCAGUCGUCUUGAUAGUCUGGCUGACCGACAUAGCGAAUGCAGAAACUUGGAGUUUGAGGUGAAGAAUCUAAAGGAUCAGAUGAAGCAGCUGGAGCACGCCCUGGAGAGUGAAAAGUCUAGCAAUGCGGCACUUAUCAAGACCUACGAGGAACACGAGUCCUCUUGGAACCACGAGCGGUGCGAACUUAAGGAGCAACUAGCAAAUAAAACGGUUGCGGUAGAGUCGAAGUCAAGCGAGCUUGAACAGGAGUUGGGCCAGCUUCGAGAUGAGCUAAGACAGCAACAAGAGUUACUUCGAGAUAAAGAAAGUGCUCUCGCCGCCGCGUCCUCGAAAAUAGAAGAAAAGAUUGCAAAUUUCAGCGAGCGGGAAACAGAGCUGGAGUCCCAGGUGAGGGCAUUAGAGUCGCAAUGCGAAGAGCUGGAGUAUCGUGUGAAAGAAAAGGAGGAAAGCCUGCUCCUGGCAAAUGAGAAGUUGUCAGAGAAGGACGCCGAGAUCGCGAGUGUCGAGAAGAAGUGUGCAGGUUACGAGGAGAUCGAGCUGGAGUUAAGGCACCACAUUGGAGAGCUGACCCAAGAACAAGAAAGAAUGAGGGACGAUCCGUCGAGCGAGAACAUGUACAGUGAGAAUGAAAAGCUCAAACAACAGGUUCGCAAUCUAGAAGAGGAGAUUGAAUCAAAAGAUGCCGAGGCAGAAGAAGAAAGGACGCGUAUAGUGAAGGCAGCUGAAGGCUUUGCCCUGGAGCGUGAAGAGCAGUUCAAGGCAGAGCUCGCAGACAAGGACGACUGCAUCCAGGCCACCGAAAAUGAGUUGAACCAGGUCAAACACCAGCUCCAGCUUGCACAGGAAGCCAAGAAAACAUUGCUUGAAGCUUCUGAUGAAAGAGAUCGCGAGCUCGAACAUCUGAAAGAAAUGCUGGAAUACGGCGCAUCCAGUAGCGAAAAAUCACAUGUGCUCGCAUGUGAGCUGGGGAGGGAGAAAGAACGCGCCGCACAUCUAGAGGACAACCUGAAGAAGCUUCAGGGAGUGGUAGACGAAGGACGCGCAACAGUAGCAUCCCUGCAAAAGUCGCUGGACCAAGCGAAAAAGAAAAACCACGAGGAGGAGGAGCGUCUAGAGGCGGAGAUAGCUGAGUUGGCAAACACUGUGGAGACGUUACGCACCGAGCUGGAACAGUCACAAGUCAGACUGAGUAAACUGCAGACCCAGGUGAAGGAGCUUAAGAGUGAGAAGAAGGAACUUCAGAGGAAGGUAGAUGAGUUGACAUCUGAGGCCCAGAGAAGACGUAAUCUCUCGUUUGAAGCCGACAAGGAGUGUGAAAUGCUGAAAGAGGAGCUUCAUCAACUCAAGAACGCGCAGAGCAUGGCAGAGCAGGAGAAGGAAGUGUUUAUCGGGAAUGAGUCUAAUGGAAAGAUACUCCUCAGGAAUCUGGAGGUCCAGCUCGAAAACGCCAAGCACGCUUUGCUUGACGAGCAAAAGGCCAAGUCUGACGCUUUGGAAAACUUUGAAAAGCUUCGCGUGAAGCUUUCUGAAGCGCAGAACCAAAACGCAACUUUUUCCGAUGAGAUGGCGAGACUUAAGGAGCAAAGCAGUGCUAUGGAAGUUCGCUGCAGCAAGUCAGAAGAAGACAUUGCCUCACUGCGCGAGGAAAAAGAUAUGCUGACUACAAUGUUUAAUGAGCUAGAAACAAUUUACAAUAGCAAAAUAGAAGAUCUUAACCUGGCGAAAAGCAAGAUCGAAAAACUAGAGAAAGACCACGAGAAGGAGAGCGAGUUCCUUAAAGUUCAACUUCUCCUGGCGGAGGAGAAAUGCGCAAAAGAACGGCAAGAGAAGGAAGAAGCGAAGACUUCUGGCUCGAAGAACUUGCACGAAGCCGAACAGAAAUGGAUAUCCGAGUCAAACAACGUGAGGCGUCAGCUCUCUGAUCUACAAGUACACUAUGAGAAGGUUAAAGCUACGCUUGUGGUACUCGAGAACCAAGUGCGCGAACUGCAAACCGAGAACGAGUUCCUCAAAAAGCAAAGCGGUGGCUCAGCUCUCGUUUGCCGGCGUAAAAGUAAGGAUGGUCUAGAGAACAAGAUUAAGGAGUUGAAUAACAUGCUUACUAAGGAGAAAGCGCGCGCGGACGAUCAACAGAAGGUCGCCGAUAAAGCUUUAGACGAUCAUCACGCUUACGUUCAGAAGUACAGGAAGCUGGAAAAGGAAAAGAUGAGUCUUCAAAGGCGACUCGAGUGGACCACGGAAAAGCUCAAGAAGGAGAAGAAUGAUGCGGGUGCCGCCGCCACAUAUAGCCAACCUGCCAUUGCUGCACAAAUCCCUAACAAGGACAUUACCACGCAACAUACCACCGCCCUUUCCCCGCUAGCUAGGUCCAUGUCUUCACUUGGCAUCGGCAACUCGACUGCUACUACGGUGACCGCAUCCACGGCUCGUGAGGGAAUAAGACCUACUCCAAUACCUGCGGCUGACCAUAGGCUAGGCUUACCCUCAAGAGCUGGGAUCGCUUCUGCCGCGACGAGCACAGCAUCGCACACGUCUGCUCCAAGCACAAGUAAAAGAGCUUCUGACCAAGUGUCAGGAAGCGCUGCAAAGCGUUCACGCCUGAGCAUCCAAGGACACUCUGCCCCAGGACCCAACGAGCCCGAAGUCUUGCCGGAGGGGGUCAGUAGAGACUUCGCCAAUAUCCCGGGAAUCAAGUCUCCCUUUAUUCUUCGUCGGUCGUCUGCAAAGGUCGCUAAGCCGUUGGCUUCAUCUCUCAAGCAAUCUACUGGGAUACCAGGAAUUCGUACAAGGAGUCAAGCAAGACAACAAUCAAAGCCAGGACUCUCCGCUCACACAAGGGGUAUUCACAAGGAAAACCCGCUUGGUUCACCGCCGAGACCUGUAAGCAGUAAUGUCCAUACGCAUGCGGUUCUCUCUCCGCGCAAGACCAAUGUGCCCAUGAGGCAACCGGACCAACUUGCCAAGAAGGCGAACCCAGGCGUGGUGAGACCUAGGCAAAACACUCGACCCACCAAACGCGCCACAGGAAUCCCACAGCCCGGCUCACGGGCCAUGAGACCUACCUACGCGCUGGAGGAUUUGGACACUUCAGACAAUCCAGAGACUUGCAAUAUGCAGUAGAUCUCUUAGCCAUAGUGACCCAUCAUUGUGCGUGGCUCAACCAUGCAUACCACCAAUCGUUUUGAGUCGUUUUGAACAUUUUAGCUGAGAAUAUGCCAUGUUAGGAUUGUAAAAGAUUAUUCCUAUUGUAGUGUAUUAUACCAUCGUACCCAUAGAAUCUCUUAGAAUUACAUGUAAUGACUUGCUUCUUCAUACUUUAGAUUAAUCAGAAGCAGCAAUAUUUUUGCUAUUAUUUGUUCUCGUUGUAACGUUUCGUCGCACACCAGAGUUUCGCCUGCUUAUGCAUACGGUUAUUUGUAAUAAGGCGCAUGUUCUCGGAUGUAUGUAAAUAUUUCUUUAUUGCCGCUCUGAGGUUCUUUGUAAAAUAAAUAUAACAUAUCGGCUAGUAA